GGUUGGUGCCCUAACCAUCCGACCCUCCUGGCCCUCAGCACCCCCAGAGGCUGUCGGUCGUACCCCCCGCGAUUCUCUGCAGAAUCCCUGAUUCCAACUCAGAGACGAGAAAUCCUGGGCUCUGGGCGAUUUCCCGAGGCCACAAAGGGUUUGGUCAGGCACAUACGGUGAUUUUUCCAGCGUCGGAUAGGGUUUAAUUCCAAGUCUCUGCCCGCUGCGGGUCACUGAGGGGCACAGCCCGCGGGGGCGGAGGGACUCCCCUCGGCGGGCCGGGGUUCCCACCCCAUCCCGCUAUCCCUCGUGAUGGCCCCCGUGGCAGGUCCCCCGCGUCACGUCCCCCUACUCCAGGCAGCUGGGGCGCGCAGGCUGGGGCGCAGAGCGGCUGCGGGGUGGGGGGCGAGGGGUAGGCGGAGGGAGGAACAAUGGCCCCCUCCCCUCCCCUGGCCGGCUGGAGGGUGGGGUCUCCCCGCCCCGCCUCCCUGCUCCUCCCCCGACAAGGCGAUGAGGUAAUCGCGCCGCCGAGAGGCACGCUCAGCCGGUGCCCAGCCCGGUCGGUCCAGCGCCCCUGCCCCGCCGGCCGCCGCCCCCUGCGCCGGCCCGGUCCCGGCUCCCCGGCCCCACCAUGACCGAGCGCUGCAGCCUGUGGAGUGCCCUAUCGGCCGCCGCCUGCUGCUUCUACCGUGGCUCCUUCGUGCAGGUGCAGUUUUCCAAGGAGAAGUACAUCUUGGAUUCGUCGCCUGAGAAACUGCACAAGGAGCUGGAGGAAGAACUCAAACUCAGCAGCACGGACCUCCGCAGCCACGCCUGGUACCACGGCCGCAUCCCCCGCGAGGUCUCGGAGACCCUGGUGCAGCGCAACGGCGACUUCCUCAUCCGGGACUCGCUCACCAGCCUGGGGGACUACGUGCUCACGUGCCGCUGGCGCAACCAGGCCUUGCACUUCAAGAUCAACAAGGUGGUGGUGAAGGCCGGCGAGAGCUACACCCACAUCCAGUACCUGUUCGAGCAGGAGAGCUUCGACCACGUGCCCGCGCUCGUGCGGUACCACGUGGGCAGCCGCAAGGCCGUGUCGGAGCAGAGUGGCGCCAUCAUCUACUGCCCCGUGAACCGCACCUUCCCGCUGCGCUACCUGGAGGCCUGCUAUGGCCUGGGCCAGGGCGGCGGCAAGGCCGCCGGCCCCGCCAGCCCCUCGGGCCCCAAGGGCAGCCACAUGAAGCGGCGCAGCAUCACCAUGACUGACGGGCUCACUGCCGACAAGGUCACCCGCAGCGAUGGCUGCCCCACCAGCACAUCACUGCCCCACCCCCGGGAAUCCAUCCGCAACUGUGCCCUCAGCAUGGACCAGAUCCCAGACCUGCACUCGCCCAUGUCCCCCAUCUCUGAGAGCCCCAGCUCCCCCGCCUACAGCACCGUGACCCGUGUUCAUGCUGCCCCCGCAGCCACGUCAGCCACAGCGUUGCCCGCCUCCCCUGUCGCCCGCCGCUCCAGCGAACCUCAGCUGUGUCCUGGAAGUACCCCAAAGCCCCCCGGGGAGUUGGACAAGGGCCCUUAUGCCAGCCCCUCCCACACCCUGUGCAAGGCCUCCCCGUCACCAUCCCUCAGCAGCUACAGCGACCCGGACUCUGGCCACUACUGCCAGCUGCAGCCUCCCGUUUGCGGCAGCCGCGAGUGGGCAGCGGCUGAGGCCUCUAGCCGGCAGGCCAAGGGCUAUGGCGAGAGGCUAAAGGAACUGUCGGAAAGCGGGGCUCCGGACGGGGACUGGGGCCGGGCCUUCACGCCCCCCGUGGUGGAAGCUGCCUCUUCCUUCAACCCGGCCACCUUCCAGUCCCUGCUGAUCCCCAAGGAUAACCGGCCACUGGAGGUGGGCCUGCUGCGCAAGGUCAAGGAGCUGCUGGCAGAGGUGGACGCCAGGACGCUGGCUCGGCAUGUCACCAAGGUCGACUGCCUGGUUGCUAGGAUACUGGGCGUUACCAAGGAGAUGCAGACCCUAAUGGGAGUCCGCUGGGGCAUGGAGCUGCUCACCCUCCCCCAUGGCCGGCAGCUACGACUAGACCUGCUGGAAAGGUUCCACACCAUGUCCAUCAUGCUGGCUGUGGACAUCCUGGGCUGCACCGGCUCUGCGGAGGAGCGGGCAGCGCUUCUGCACAAGACCAUCCAGCUGGCGGCUGAGCUUCGGGGGACCAUGGGCAACAUGUUCAGCUUCGCCGCGGUCAUGGGCGCCCUGGAUAUGGCCCAGAUUGCCCGGCUGGAGCAGACGUGGAUGACCCUGCGGCAGCGACACACGGAAGGCGCCAUCCUCUACGAGAAGAAGCUCAAGCCGUUUCUCAAGAGCCUGAACGAGGGCAAAGAAGGCCCGCCACUGAGCAACACCACGUUCCCGCACGUACUGCCGCUCAUCACGCUGCUGGAGUGUGACUCGGCCCCAGCGGAGGGCCCUGAGCCCUGGGGCAGCACGGAGCACGGCGUGGAGGUGGUGCUGGCCCACCUGGAGGCCGCCCGCACGGUGGCGCACCACGGAGGCCUGUACCACACCAACGCUGAGGUCAAGCUGCAGGGGUUCCAGGCCCGGCCCGAGCUCCUGGAGGUGUUCAGCACUGAGUUCCAGAUGCGCUUGCUCUGGGGCAGCCAGGGCGCCAGCAGCAGCCAGGCCCGGCGCUACGAGAAGUUUGACAAAGUCCUCACUGCCCUGUCCCACAAACUGGAGCCCGCCGUCCGCUCCAGCGAGCUGUGACCCCCAUGGACCCUUCCCCUCUGCAGCUGCGGGCAGCAUCGGGGACAGAGGGGCACGGACCUUUCCCCAGAGCACCCCAGGGACACUGUGAUCAGCCCAAGAAUGUUCUGGGCUCAACGCCAGGAUCUCCCUCACGCCUCCAGGGCUCUGCAUGGACCCUGGGCUCCGUCCCACCGGCUACACACUCACCAAGCCCCCCUUCAGGAAGAACCGGAACCCCUGGUCCUCCCUCCGGCUUCUGCUCCCCCCACUUCCUGCCGAGGUGCCCUGUGUUGGAGCUGUGGGAGGCUCCUCACGCCUCCUCACUCUCUCCAGGCAUCUGCUCCCCACCAACGCCAAGGCCUCCAUCUGGCUGUAAAUAAGUCUUUCUGUUCUGUAAAUAGGUGUACAGAAGCCAUGGUCUUUCUUUCAUAUAAUAAACUUUUAUGAAUCUU